GUGAAGGAGCACCGGGGGCUUUCGAGUCCAUUUCCGGUAGAAAUGUACAAAUCAAAAUACCAGAUUUUCAGAAGUUGACAGUCACGCUGUUUUUAGCGAGCGAAAUCAAAGAGUACUCCGCCGAAAAACGAAAUGCAGAAUCUGGAAGCAAGUUCAGAACUUCAGUCCCGACUGUCUUCUCUGUCUGUCUCCUCCUUCCCAGGAAUAACUUCAAAGAGCUGUGAGCACAAUGCUCAAGAGAGGCUUCGAAGCACAGACCUUUCCCACAACCCUGACAGCACCAGCCAGCCCGACAGAGACGGCACACAAGACAAAGGAACUGAACAGGCCAAAGAGAGUAGUCAGGCAGCUGGCACGGUUUGCUGGGCUGAAUCAGUGUCCCCUCCUCCAGGGCAAGACUCCAACAGGGGCUCGGAGGGGAUCCACUCAGGCAGCAAUGAGGCCGCAUCUACCGACGGGAAAGCUCAGGCGCCGCCCCUCAUACCCCCGUCCAACUGGACCUCCCCGGCCGUGAGGGAGCUGAAGGCGAAGCUGCGGCAGGAGAAGGACUGUGUGGUGACCGUUUACCGCGGCGACAUCAUGACGGUGCACGUGCCCACCAUCCCGGAGGGAAAGAGGGUGUGCUGGGAGUUUGCCACGGACAACUACGACAUCGGCUUCGGGAUCUAUUUCGACCGGACGCCGGUCACCAGCCGAGCCAUCACCGUGCAGAUCAGCGAGUCCAGUGAUGACGAGGAUGAUGAAGAUGAGCUGGAGGGAUCCAUCGUCCCAGGAGAUGUAGAGAAAGGCACGAAGUCCUCUCCCAACUCGCAUUUAGGUGAGAUUCUUCCAGUGUAUCGACAGGACAGCCACUUAGCAGUGCAGGGUGGCAGUCAUGAAUACCCGGGCGAAGGGACAUACCUGUUCAAGUUUGAUAACUCUUACUCUCUGUGGAGGAAUAAAACGCUGUACUACAGGAUAUAUUACAGCAUCUGAGCACUCAGCGACAUUGCGAAGAUGAAUGUCUGAAAGAAGAACUUUAGAGAUCUGUUUGUUUGUUUUUAUUUGAUGUGAUAUCGUGUUUAUGGAUCAGGGCUAGGAAAAAAAGUCUAUAUUUUUUUUAAAUUGACCAAUAUUAUUGUUAUUGUGAUAGUUAAGUAGUGUAAGCCACAUAUUGUCAUUCUGGACAGCAGUACAACUGAGUAACAUGUUACUCAUACUCCUGGAAAAUGAAUUUUCAAAGCUGAAUAGUACAGCUGUUUUAGGUCAUUAUUAUUUAAGCUUCACUGAUGUUAUAUUAUAAAGUUCCUUAUUUGCAAGGUUUUGGUUUACAUGCUCUGUGUAAUAAAUACGAGGAUCUAUAGUGCUGAAGAGACCCCAUUGUUUUUGCAAUGAUGGAUAUUUAUAUGAGAAAAGAAAGAAAAUGUAUUUAGAUUUAUAUAGAGAUUAAUAGAAAGACCUUUAAUAUUAUAAAGGGUAAGAUAUUCUGUAAUGGAACACACUCAUGGCAGACUGGUUAUGAAAUACAUUUGACAAUCGUAAUACAUUUUCAUGUAGCCAUGCUCAUUUAUACCAUCCUGUCACUGUGUUUCUUCAGGUGCCUAAGCUUUUGGUUUUAUUCAUUUUUUUCUUUAUGAAGUCUAACCUUUCAUAUGAUUGAGCAGAAAGAUCCUGAAAGAAAUCUUGAUUCCUUGUGUUCAUUUCAGUACAUCAAAAUGUUUACAUAGACUAACAGAAAAUGCAGUAAUAGGAUUGGACAUUACAAUUUUACACGUGCUCAAUCAAACUGGCAGCUUGCCUAAUAUAUUUAUUCAGAUCUUUUCAUUAGGAUAUCAGUUUUAAAAAAGGAACCUGUUGUCACAUUCAGGGAACCAAACCCACUUGACAUUAAACUAUUGGAUUACACCCUGGACUUCAGCCUCUUUGGGUGUAGAAUAAAGAGCUCAUUUUUAACAGAACUGAGAGAACCCCUUACAAAAGCUUAUUUACUGCCAGAUUUGAAAUGUAUAUACUUAAAAGUAGAGAAUUCACAUAGGAUAUAUCCAUGACAGCCGGCCUCCAGAAAAAGAUUUAUGUGGAAAAAAAAACAUGACUUUAAUUGGAAUAAAAUGAAGGGUGCACUUGAGUUUAAUUUUGAUGUACUGAAUUAAAAAAUAGCUUUUCUUAUCUCAGAAAAGUGCUCUGUUGUGUUGCCUGUGGGUUUAAUAUUGGCUCUUUCCUUAGUUUAAUACAGUGCAAAACCUGGGGCAUAUUUCAUUUGUACAAGCGGGUGCACUGGAGCAGAGAAGGAAAGGCGGGUGGGUCUUUGCACUAGGUGCUUAGUGUAUUCUGUAACCCUGUUUAGGUCAAACUGACACUAAACUCUUUUGUGCUAAGUAACUCACUGUGGUUCAGCUAUGUUUUUCCUUAUAUUCAGAAAUCAGCUUACAUAAUUUCACCACUCUCUUGAUUACUCUGUUUCUUUACGUUGAAGCAACUAGUUCCAAUUGGUUGGAAAAGUUUAUUUUGCUGUAAUAAACAUUUUAUAUCUCUAGCGCUCAUAGCCAUUUCCAAAGAAAUCACAUAUUAUGCUGCUAUACAGAUAACUGCUGAUUGCAUUCGUUGUGCUGUAAAUUUCUCUUGUACUAGGUCACUGUGCGCUCUUUCUGACAUCUUUUUUAAGUCAAUAAAUUCAUUUUGCUUUACCAUCUUUGUUACACUGGAUUUUGUCUUUACGUGAACAGUGUAAAGGUUUUUUCAGAUGUGUCAGAACUGUGCUUUGUGUCAGUAUAUUUCUCCCUCUCCUGUUGAAACGUCUUUCAGAAAACUCUUGGUGCAAUCUUUUCAUUUCAGUAGUUUAUAGUUUUGUCUUUUCUGAACUAUUCUCCAUGUUAUUUGCUCAUUUUAACAGGUUGCAAGAUGUUUAUCUGACUCUCUGUACGUGCAGUAGAAUAAAUUCUUAUGUGGAACUGUGA